AGAGUUUGUCUGGGGGAGGGCUUGAGUCUCAGAGCCUCUUACUCUAUUUAUGAGGGUCCAGGGAGUCCCCAGCAGGGAGAGAUAGGGAGGAAGCUCACUGCUGGGUCCUUCCUGUUGUUGAAAAUUCACUGGGCUGAACUCAGUGGAACUUUUUCUCUUCUUUUAUACCCUGGAUGAUUUCAAAGCAUGAAGGCAAUAAGCUUAUUCAUCGUAGUGGGUUUUAUCGGGGAGUUGCAGAUUUUCUCCAGUGCUUCCUCUCCAGUCAACUGCCAGUGGGCUUCCUACGCUUCUUGGACAGAAUGCAGUGGUUGUACCAGGACUCAGACCCGCAGGCGAGCAGUGGCUGUGUACGGACAAUAUGGGGGCCACGCCUGUGUGGGCAGCCCCUCUGAGACCCGGCCCUGUGAGCCUACCCAAGGCUGUCCCACAGAAGAGGGGUGUGGAGAACGCUUCCGAUGCUUUUCAGGCCAGUGCAUCAGCAAAUCCCUGGUGUGCAACGGGGACUCUGACUGUGAAGAAGACGGUGCUGAUGAGGACAGAUGCGAAGAUGCAGAGAACAGACCUUCCUGCGACACUGACAUGCCUCCUCCCAACGUAGAGCUCACUGGACAUGGUUACAAUGCACUCACUGGCGAGUUCCGGAACAGAGUUCUCAACACUAAGAGCUUUGGUGGUCAAUGCAGGAAGGUGUUUAGUGGGGACGGAAAAAAAUUCUACCGACUGAGUGGAAAUGUCCUCUCGUAUACAUUCCAGGUGAAAAUUAAUAAUGACUUUAAUUAUGAAUUUUACAACAGUAGCUGGUCUUAUGUGAAGCACACAUCAACAGAUACCACAUCAUCUAGCAAGAAAAGCUCCUUUUUUAGGUCUUCACAGUCUUCCUCAUCCAGUCAUACUUCAAGUACCGUUAAAAUAGAUAAUAAAAAGAGUUACCAGUUGCUGGUCCUUCAGAACAUGGUUGAGGUGGCUCAGUUUAUCAACAACAACCCAGAAUUUUUGCAACUUGCUGAGCCAUUCUGGAAAGAACUCUCCCACCUGCCCUCACUGUAUGAUUACAGUGCUUACCGAAGACUGAUCGACCACUAUGGGACUCACUAUCUGCAGUCUGGGUCCUUGGGAGGAGAAUACAAAGUCCUAUUUUAUUUGGACUCGGCAAAAAUCAAACAAAAAGGAAUUCGUUUAGAAGAUAGUAAGCACUGUGCUUCCUCCAGUUCUGGCUUUUUGGUUUUUUCGUCAUCGUCACAUGAGUGCAAGGAUCUGAACGAUGCCUUAAGAUCAGCUGCAGGCAGUGAGAGCAACGUGCUGCGAGGAAGCCCAUUUGUCCGAGGCGGCCGUUCGGGUUUAGUGUCUGGUCUGAGCUACUUGGAGCUAGAUAACCCUGCGGGAAACAGACAGCGUUAUGCUGCCUGGGCGGGUUCAGUGACCGACCUUCCCCAGGUCAUAAAGCAGAAGCUGACUCCUUUGUAUGAGUUAGUCAAAGAAGUACCCUGUGCUUCCGUGAAAAGACUGUACCUGAAACGGGCUCUUGAGGAAUAUCUGGAUGAAUUUGACCCCUGCCACUGCCAGCCUUGUCAGAAUGGUGGCCUGGCCGCCGUGGAGGGGACGCAGUGUCGUUGUCAUUGUAAACCGUACACGUUUGGCGUGGCGUGUGAGCACGGAGUCCUGGUGGGGGACCAGGCAGGAGGGGUUGAUGGAGGUUGGAGUUGCUGGUCCUCAUGGGGCCCAUGUGUCCAAGGGAAGAAAGUCAGGAGUCGAGAAUGCAACAACCCGCCUGCCAGUGGGGGUGGGAAAUUCUGUGCUGGAGAAGCGUCAGAAAGCAGACCCUGUGGGGACGAGGAGCUGGAACACCUCCGGUUGCUGGAGCCGCACUGCUUUCCCUUGUCUUUGGUUCCCACGGAGUUCUGUCCAGCACCUCCUGCUUUGCAAGAUGGGUUUGUUCAGAGUCAGGAUGCCACGUUUCCGGUUGGCAAAAGCGUAGUAUACACUUGCAACGAUGGCUAUUCUCUUGUUGGAGACGCUGUUGCCAGAUGUGGAGAAGACUUACUGUGGCUUGUUGGGGAAAUGCGUUGUCAGAAAAUUGCAUGUGUUCUACCGGCACUGGCGGGCGGCUUACAGAGCCAGCCCCAGAAGCCUUUCUACAUGGUUGGUGAGAAGGUGGCCUUCUCCUGCCCGGGGGGCAUGUCCUUGGAAGGCCCUUCAGCGUCUCUCUGUGGGUCCAGCCUGAAGUGGAGUCCCGAGACAGAGACUCUUCGCUGUGUGCAGCAAGGCACCCCUUCAACACAGGCAGUGCCUGAGUGCCAGCCCUGGGAGAAGCUGCAGAAUUCGAGAUGCGUUUGUAAAAUGCCCUAUGAGUGUGGGUCCUCCUUGGAUGUGUGUGCUCAGGAUGGAAGAAGCAAGAAGACUCUAGCUUUGACAGUUUGCAAAAUGCAUGUUCUGCGCUGCCAGGGGAGAAAUUACACGCUCGUGAGUGGGCAGAGCUGCAGGCUGCCUUCUUCGGCUGAGAAAGCUUGUGGCGUGUGUCCGCUGUGGGGGAAAUGUGAUGCCCAGAGUGGUAAAUGCAUCUGCAGAAGAGCAUCGGAGUGUGAAGAAGGAGGAUUUAGCAUCUGUGUGCGAGUAGAUGGUGGGGAACAUACAAUGACGGAGUGUGAGGCUGGUGCUCUCAGGUGCCAAGGGCAGAGGGUUUCCGUCUCCAGUCUAAGGCCCUGUGAAACCUGACCCCAGUAGGCCUGCAGGAGGCGUCCUCGGCUCAUCUGGAAGCUACUAGUCUGCUGUCAUUGAUGAAGACAUGUGCAUCACUGGCAUUUUAUGUGCCUCUUCCAGUGUGCUGGCCUCUUCUUUCUCCCACCUCUCUGCCAAGCCCUUCUAUCAGCAUUCCGUAUCCUGUAGAAAUGUUCUGUUCUCCCACACCUGACCCAGAUACUCUUUUAUGACUCUUUCUGCUAAAAAUAUGUUAGCCACACCACAUCACCAUGCAUGAAGUCCCAGGUUCUAGCCCGUCUCCAUCUGCAGGGGGAAGCUUCAUGAAUGCUAGAGAGGUGUUGUGGAGGGGGGCCGGGCAGUAGCACAGUGGUUAAACUCACACAGUACGAAGCUCAAGGACCUGCACAAGGAUCCCAGUUCCAGCCCCUGGCUCCCCACUUGCUUCGUAAGUCGUGCGUGAAGCAGGUCUGCCCGUGUCUGUCUGUCUCUCCUUCUCUCUAUCCCACCCCCAAUUUCUCUCUGUCCUAUCCAAUAAAAUGGAAAAAAUGGCCACUGGGAGCAGUGGGUUUGUAGUGCUGGCACCAAGCCCCAGCAGUAACCCUGGAGGCAAACACAUAAAUAAAUAAAUAAAUAAACAAACAAAUAAAGGAGAAGUGCUGUGUAUGUCUUUAAAGAAAGAAAAAGAAAGAAAGAAACAAAUAGCCGCCGGGAGCGGUGGGGUUGUACAGGUGCCGAGCCCUGGUGGCAAGAUGUGAAUGUUAGCCAAGAUGAAGACUACUCAUGGGACUUUGUAUGAGUAAGGUGUGUGUCUUUUGGAGAAACUGCUAGGCUCUCUGAACUUGACUUUUUAAAUAUGAAGGCUACAAGUUAAGAGUCGAUAAGCUCAACGCUGUACCCAGACUUAUGGACAUAUGCGCUUCAGCGUCACUUCAUCUUUAUUUGAGGAAUCCUAAUUCACAGCUUUGCCCCGAGGGCUCUUCCCAUGUUUCUGGACAGUGUCAGGGCAUCAUCUCACUCUUUUUUUUAAAAAAAAUUAUUUAUUUAUUCCUUUUUGUUGCCCUUGUUGUAGUUAUUAUUGUUGUUGGAUAGGAUAGAGAGAUGGAGAGAGGAGGGGGAGACAGAGAGGGGGAGAGAAAGACAGACACCCGCAGACCUGCUUUACCGCCUGUGAAGCGACUCCCCUGCAGGUGGGGAGCCGGGGGCUCGAACCAGGAUCCUUAUGCCGGUCCUUGCGCUUUGCGCCACGUGCACUUAACCCGCAGUGCUACCGCCCGACCCCAUCAUCACACUCUUUACCUUACCACCACCUUUUCCCAUCCUAAGGCCUUAGGUCCCCAGACUCUCCUGAGUGUGCCCUCUUCCUCCUUCUGAACCCUCAAACUUGCAAAGUAGCUCAGAGUCCAUUGAGGUUUCACCCGGUUACGUUAAGUAUAUUGACUCCACCUCUGGGCCAGAAUAAAGUCUACAAAUUGAUUAGGAAAACAGUUUAGAGAGUCUUCCCUCAAAGAAGUGGAACACGAGAGGGGACACCGCAAAAAGAUAAACGCAUCCUUUCACAAGUAGGACUUUCGCCUUUUCCCUUAGUGACUCCAACACCACAUGCAGGCUCCUUGAUCUUGGCAGGAGAUUGAACACUGAAAUGUCAGAGAGGAAGCCACUGUGAGAUGGUCACAGGAGUCUGCUGUCUUCUUGUCUGAGAAUAAAUAACAAUUCAGUCUUCUCUUUGUGGGGCUUCUCUUUGACACGGACCCAUGUGUCAAACACGAGACCUGUCAUUUCCCUCCCUCCUCCAGCUGUCUUUCCUGCCUGAGCUAUUGAGCGAUUGCACGGCUGGGCGAGCCGCUUUCUUCAAUGUGGUCGCCUUCCUCAGGGGGACACAGCUAGAUCAAUGUGAAGCAUGGGUCUCCUACUUAUUCCGUAUUCAUCUCUCAUCAAAACAAAAGUGCAGCCCCCACUCCUGAGAGGAUGUUUUUCUUCCUGCAAGUGCCAGUGUAACAGGUUUUGACUUUCUGUAGCCCUGGGCUAGGUCUCGGCCUUACCACUGCUGGUUCUGCUUCCUACUCCUCUUUAAUUGUGCCUAAGCAACUAAAGUCGUCCAGGAGAAUCUGUUCUGAGGGGAAUACAUAAUCUUUCCAGGCUCUCCACAUCCAAGAUGGAGCUGCUUUCUGAGCAAGUGCCAUUAAAAAGGUGUUUUCUGUUCCGUUUUAUAGCUUAAUGCUUUUCAGCCACCACGUUGCAGAUGCUGCCAUGACACCAUCCUGACUUCCCUGGGCAGACGCCCUCACCAGUGUGUCCUAGAGCCUCCCCUCCCCAGAGCCCUGCCCCACUAGGGACAGACAGACACAGGCUGGGGGUGUGGAUCCACCUGCCAACACCCAUGUCUAGCGGAGAAGCAAUGACAGAAGCCAGAACUCCCACCUUCUGCAUCCCACAAUGACCCUGGGUCCAUGCUCCCAGAGGGAUAAAGAAUAGGAAAGCUGUCAGGGGAGGGGAAGGGAUGCAGAGUUCUGGUGGUGGGAAUUGUGUAGUAUUUUACCCCUCUUAUCAACU